AUUUGCUUUAUAGUGCCCCAAGUUCUUCCCUGCAGCUAUGCAUAUUCAUAGGGAUGCUCUAUGGCCGCUGAUAUUCACUAAUAGGCUAAUAGUUUGAUUGAUCGGAGCACUCUGAAGGCCGAUCAGAAGAGCUGCAAAUGACGCAAAACGGCCGAUUCAGGAGCUCAGCAUGUCUGCCACAGUACCGCACCAUGAACCCUUGUCCUGUCUUUGAAAAGAACACUCAGACUCUGUUUCUGUUUUUCAUCUGUGUCUUGAGGAAAACCACAGAGCAAUUUCAGAUAUGUACAGGCAAGAACAGAGCUCGCCUCUGUUAUGUCACUAGCUCUGAUUAUGGCCAGAGUUGGAGUGAGGUGAAAGACUUGACAGAGAGUGUGAUAGGUAGGAGCAUUCAGAAAUGGGCGACAUUCGCAGUAGGACCAGGGCAUGGCAUUCAAAUGAAGAGCGGAAGGCUUAUCAUUCCAGCUUACGUGUGUUACAUUCACCACAGAUGUUUCUGUUUUCCCCUGCCAUGCUCAGUCAAGCCUCAUGCAUUAGCCUUCUACAGUGAUGACUAUGGGAAGACGUGGCAGGUAGAAACAAAGAUGGCGUCAUGUGAGUGUCAAAUGGCUGAAGUUACAGACCAUGCAGGUCAAAGUUAUUUGUAUUGCAAUGCUCGUAAUACUCGUAACAGCCAUGGCCACAGAAUAGAGGCUAUAAGCGGAGAUAAGGGAGCAGACUUUGUUCAGGCCCACCUAGCACAGGAGCUAGUGGAGCAGCCCCAUGGGUGCCAAGGUAGUGUAGUUGCUCCAUUGAAUGCAUCUCGGUGGGAGGCCCUGUGGAAACUUCAUCAUGGCCCAAGUGGCUACUCAGAUUUGGCUUACUGUGAAGACCAAGACAUGUUUGUCUGUCUCAUGGAAGAUGGUGAGAAGAGUGAGCUUGAGGAGAUUGCUUCUGUGCAGUUUGAUCUCAGAAAUAUCAUGUUUUCCACUGAUAUUCAGUCUUCCCUUUAA